GCAGAGUCGGGUACAGAACGCACUGAGAGCGGGGCGCGCAGCGCCGGGCACAGGGCGCGCAGAUCGAGAAUCGCUGGCUGCCGGCCAUAGCCCAGAGUAGCGACCCCCGGAGCGGCCCUCGCCUCCAGAGUUAAACACACCCCCUCCGCUGCGAGCGCCAGUGCGGCUCGGGCCAUGAGCAUCGGGCACUUCACCGUGUGGGACUAUGUGGUGUUCGGGGCCAUGCUGCUCGUCUCCGCGGUCAUCGGCGUGUACUACGCCUUCGCGGGCGGCGGCCAGCAGACCUCCAAGGACUUCCUGAUGGGCGGCCGCAGCAUGAGCGCCCUGCCCGUGGCGCUGUCCCUCACCGCCAGCUUCAUGUCGGCGGUUACCGUGCUGGGCACCCCGGCGGAGAUCUACCGCUUCGGGGCCAUAUUCUGCAUCUUCGCCAUCACCUACUUCGUGGUGGUGCUCAUCAGCGCCGAGGUCUUCCUGCCCGUCUUCUACAGGCUGGGGAUCACCAGCACCUACGAGUAUUUGGAGCUUCGAUUUAAUAAAUAUCUGCGUCUUUGUGGGACAAUCCUCUUCAUUAUACAAACGAUUUUAUACACUGGAAUUGUUAUUUAUGCUCCAGCUCUGGCACUGAACCAAGUCACAGGAUUUGACUUGUGGGGUGCAGUGAUCGCAACUGGAAUAGUCUGUACAUUCUAUUGCACACUGGGUGGUCUAAAGGCAGUAGUCUGGACAGAUGUUUUCCAGGUUGGAAUCAUGAUAGCUGGAUUUUCGUCUGUAAUUAUACGUGCUGUGGUGGUUCAAGAGGGAAUCGGCCGCAUUCUAAACGAUUCCUACCAUGGAGGAAGAUUAAACUUCUGGGACUUUAAUCCCAACCCGUUGCAAAGACAUACUUUCUGGACAAUUCUCAUAGGUGGGACCUUCACCUGGACUGGCAUAUACGGGGUCAACCAAUCUCAAGUUCAGAGAUACAUUGCCUGCAAAACCAGGUUCCAAGCAAAAUUAUCUCUCUAUAUCAACCUCUUGGGACUCUGGGCGAUUCUUGUCUGUGCAAUGUUUUGUGGACUAGCAAUGUACUCCAUAUACCAAGAUUGUGACCCAUGGACAGCAAAGCGUGUGUCAGCACCAGACCAGCUCAUGCCAUAUCUGGUAUUGGAUAUUCUACAAGAUUUUCCAGGGGUACCAGGGCUUUUUGUGGCUAGCGCCUACAGUGGGACAUUAAGCACAGUGUCCUCCAGCAUCAAUGCUUUAGCGGCUGUAACUGUUGAGGAUCUCAUUAAACCUUACUUCCGCUCCCUCUCUGAAAAGAAACUCUCUUGGAUUUCCAAGGGGAUGAGUCUUUUUUAUGGAGGAGUGUGUAUUGCCAUGGCUGCUGUGGCAUCCCUUCUGGGCGGUUUGUUACAGGCAGCUCUCAGUAUUUUUGGCAUGGUUGGUGGCCCUCUUCUAGGACUGUUUUCUUUGGGAAUCCUCUCCUCCUUCGCAAACCCCAUCGGUGCAUUUGUAGGGCUUACCGGGGGCUUUACUGUUUCACUCUGGGUUGGCAUUGGGGCUCAGAUUUACCCUCCGCUCCCUGAGAGAACUAUGUCAUUAAAUCUCACAACUAUCGGCUGUGACAUAGGCAGCCCAGGAACAGGAGGCAACUGGACUGCAACAACCGAAAUGCCAACUUUAACAGCCCUUGUACACCUGCAAGGCACUGAAAGACCUGUCCUGGCUGAUUAUUGGUAUUCCUUGUCGUAUCUGUACUUCAGCACACUUGGGACCCUGGUCACAAUAGCUUUGGGAAUGAUUGUCAGCCUCUUAACAGGAGGAAUAAAGCAGAACAUAGAUCGUAAAUUCUUGCUGACCAAGGAGGAUUUACUGUCCAACUUCUCAUUUUCUAAACCCAAGACAAAUGAAAAAGUGGAAGUUUUGAACUGGAAACCUUUCACCAUGGCAGAUGAAGGAACCGACAAUCCUGUUUUCAACCACAUUGAAAUGAAUGUCACAGAAAAUAAAGAAAAAGUCAAUGGUGCCCAUGUAUGACUUAAGAGGACAGUGUAGAUGUUGUGUUAAAGACAUUGCCAGCAUUCCUGUGAAGAGUUAGUUACCCACCCUACCUGGGGUUACGUGCAGUAAUCCCUACUAAAAUCCAUCACCACAUUGGAAUGACCUUGCCAUUAAGACUGAUUCCAAGAAAGGAAUCAGAGCAUAUUGGCCCAAAGAAAAGUGGGUAGUGGGUACUUCAUAACAUACAACUCUGCUUAUUUUGGGAGACCUUCCAAAAGGCAUGCAUCUGUGCCUGUGACAGAAGUGGACAUGAACUAAGAGCAAGUGAACUUUAAGCAUCCUCAAAUGUGGAGAAUGUUUUGUGUUACCUCCAAUGAUUAUACCCAGUGACCACAACAAGAAACAAAUGAUAUUGGCUUGGUAUUUAUUUAUCAUGUGCACAGUUGUCUGGCCAAGUGCUGGCUUGGUAAACUGCUUUUCUCAAUCCACUGAAUGACACAUUCAGUUCUAAAAUAUCAAGAUGGAUCCUUCUCUCCCCAGAAUAAUUCCAAUGACUGCUGUGGAGCUGCUCCUAAUGUACACUGCUGAAAGAGAAAACAGAAUCAGGCCUCUGCCUCUUAUAGGGGAUCUUUAUAGGGUGGACUAAAGCCGAUGUUUCUAUGUGAAAUUGUCAUUCAGUAUUGGUUUGGACUCCUAUAAAAAAUAUUUACAUUCAACCUCAGUUAAUUUUCAGCAUUAUUUAUUUUAUUUUUAAAAAGAGCAUCUAGUUUUCAUAGACAUAACUAUUUUUCUUUCCUGGUCAAUUCCAUACUGUUUCUGUGGCAAGAUCAAUAUUUUACUCUUGCAGUAUGACAAGGAGGUUGUGUUUUUAUAAUGAAGGCGGGAUUAUCUAGUACAAUGUUUCUUUACAGAAGUGCUGACUCUGGGCUCCUUCUAUUUAAGUUUUUAUAAAGUCAUCCCUCAUGGUGGUAUCUGACUACGUUCUGAGCAAGGAAUUCAACAGUGAAUUGGUUGGUAACAUGCUUACCCUCCCAUUCCUUCUCAGUGCAUAGUCUGACCAGCUAGGCCAGGGGUCGGCAACCUUUCAGAAGUGGUGUGCUGAGUCUUCAUUUAUUCACUCUAAUUUAAGGUUUCACAUUCCAGUAAUAUAUUUUAAUGUUUUUUAGAAGGUCUCUCUCUUUAAGUCUCUAUAUUAUAUAAAUAAA